AUGCAGGUGGCACUCUGGUCCCUGGGCCUCGGGUCCCUGCUCCUCUCUCUCAGGGCUGCCCCCAUAGGGGGGCCCAGUGCCCUGAGGCUGGCAUAUAGACACAGCUCGUGUGACGGCGUGGUGCUGGUUCGACAGCAAGGCGUGUGGGGACACGUGUGCAACCAGGAGUGGACGCUGGCAGAGGCAUCGGUGGUCUGCAGACAGCUGGGCUGUGGCAGGGCUGUGGGUGCCCCCAAGUAUGUCCCGCUGCCAGGGGAGAUGGUGAAGCCUCAGCUGCACAAUGUGUCCUGCAGUGGCAACGAGUCCUCACUCUGGGAGUGCAGCCUCGGAGCAUGGGGGCCACAUGAGUGUCCACACCAGUGGGUGGUGGUCGCUCUGUGUGCCAACGGCACUUUCCGGGAGAUCAGGCUGGUGAAGGGCCGCAGCCCCUGUGCAGGGCUCCCCGAGAUCAGGAAUGUGAAUGGCGUGGAUCGCCUCUGCGGCCUGCACGUGGAGGAGGCCAUGGUGUUCUGCAGGGAGCUGGGCUGUGGCCCUGUGCUGCAGGCCCCCAUCCAGGAGGUGGGGGCCAGGGGAAAGUACAUGACUUGCAAGGGGACAGAGUCGACCAUCAAAAACUGCCGACUCAACAACAACCUGCGUAGCGGCUGCGACUUCCAGCAGGAUGCAGAGGUGGUCUGCUCUGGACACACCGAGGUUCGGCUGGCAGGUGGUGAGCACCCCUGUGCAGGGCGUCUGGAGGUGCGGCGUGGCCUGACCUGGGGAACCGUGUGUGACGAGGACCUGGAUCUGGCCACAGCCCAUGUGGUGUGCCGGGAGCUGCAGUGUGGUGCUGCUGUGUCCACGCCCGGGGCUGCCUACUUUGGUCCUGGCUCCGGGCUGGUGUGGACAGAGGCCUUCCACUGUGCCGGCAAUGAGUCCCUGCUGUUCCACUGUCCCCAGGGGCCCGGCCACCAGUGCGGGCAUAGCCAGGACGCCGGGCUCAGGUGCUCAGAGUUCCGGCUGGUCAACGGCAGCAGCAGCUGUGAGGGCCGCGUGGAGCUCCAGGUUCAGGGGUCUUGGGCGCCCCUCUGCGCUGCUCACUGGGACUUAGAGGACGCCACGGUGCUUUGCCACCAGCUCGACUGUGGCAAUGCAGUGACCACUCUCCAGGGAGGGCACUUUGGGGGCUGGGGCGCGCCCAUUUGGCCCGACGAGUUUCACUGCCAGGGCACAGAGCCCUAUUUGUGGAACUGCCAGGUCAGCACCCUGGGGACCUCCGCCUGCGCCCAGGGAAACACUGCCUCCGUGGUCUGCUCAGGUCUGCCCCAUGCACUGCGACUGAGGGACGGACAGAGCCGCUGCGACGGCCGCGUGGAGGUGUCCGUGACUGGUGUGUGGGGCCGUGUGCUGGACGCCGCGUGGGACCUGCGUGGCGCGGCUGUGGUGUGCCGGCAGCUGAGCUGCGGGGGCCCCGAGCGCGCGUAUGACGCGCCCGCGCCGACGCGCGGGGCUGGCCGCGUGGCACUGAGCGGCGCGCGCUGCAGGGGCUCCGAGACACGUCUGGCCCAGUGCAACGUGUCCUCGUCCCUGCUGCUGCCCGCGGGGGCCUGGCGGGACGCGGGCGUCGUGUGCUCAGGUGAGUGCAGUGUGACUGGCCCUGUCCCGCGCGCCCGCGGGCUGCGCCUGGCCGCCGGCCCCAGUCGCUGCGCGGGGCGCGUGGAGGUGCUGCACGCGGGCGCGUGGGGCACCGUGUGUGACGACGCCUGGGACUUGCGUGACGCGCACGUGGUCUGCGCGCAGCUGGGCUGCGGCGUAGCGCUCAGCGCCCCAGGGGCUGCGCACUUCGGGCCUGGGACAGGACACAUCUGGAUGGACGAGCUGCACUGCUCGGGGCAGGAGUCUGCGCUGUGGCGGUGCCCGUCGCAAGGCUGGGGCCGCCACGACUGUGGGCACAAGGAGGACGCAGGGGCCGUGUGCUCAGGCUCUGUGGCCCUGAGGCUUCGGGGUAGCACCCGCCGCUGUGCAGGGUGGCUGGACGUGUUCUACAACGGGACCUGGGGUGCCGUGUGCAGCAAUGCUCUGAAGGACCCCUCCUUGUCCAUCAUCUGCAAGCAGCUGGUGUGGGGAGCAGGGCUGGCUGGAGAACAGGCCCAGUCACACGGCAGGCUCAGGCAUCUCCUGGGUGGACAAUGUGAAGUGCCGCAGGCUGAGAAACACCACCCUGUGGCAGUGCCCCUCCGCCCCAUGGCACCCGCACUCCUGUGUGCGUGGGGAGGAAGGUUGCAUGAGAAGAUGCCGCAGGAUUCCGGGGAUGCCCUGAACUGCUCCUCCACUCACGGCUGCCCAGAAGAGGGGGCGCUGCGCCUGCGUGGGGGCGAGGACGGCUGCUCCGGCCGCGUGGAGCUCUGGUACAUGGGCUCCUGGGGCACCGUGUGUGAUGACUCCUGGGACCUGGCGGAUGCAGAGGUUGUGUGUCGCCAGCUCGGCUGUGGCCCUGCUCUGAGUGCUCUACCAGGGGCUGCCUUUGGUCCAGGCUCAGGGCCUGUGUGGCUGGAUGAAGUGGGAUGCCGUGGCAGUGAGGCAGCCCUGUGGGACUGUCCUGCACAGCCGUGGGGACACGGAGACUGUGGGCACAAGGAGGAUGCAGGCGUACGCUGCUCCAGGCACAGGGCGGCCACCAUCGUGCCAUUGGUUUCAGGUUCUGGAAUGUCGGAGAACCUACCUUCGGAAGGUGUUUAUGAGGAUAUUGGUGCCGUCCUCAUGGGGGAGAAAAAUGAGGGACUUGGCGAGUCUGGGCACCACGUGUGGGAGGAGGAGUACGACGACGCUGGGGAGCUAAUCCCCGAGGAGGCGGAGGACCUGGAGGAGGAGGACGUGGAGUGGACGUCCUCAUAA